GAGCCAAGGCCCCAUUCCAUCUGCCCGCAUGGAGUACCGAUUUCUGGUGAUCGACCGACCGUGUUUGUGCAUCGAGAUCGGCCUCACGGUCAUCACCACGGACAUAGUCACGACCUAAGUUCAGUGCGCGCAAUCGCCUACACUAUUAUCGUUGGUGAUGGGCUACACAACUUUUGUGACGGAAUCGCAAUCGGUGCCUCUUUUGCAAAUGACCUCCGCGGUGGUCUUUCUACUUUCAUUGCCGUCUUCUGUCAUGAACUUCCUCAUGAGCUUGGUAAGAAACCCAUAAUAUUCAUGCAAACGCUUUUCGUAGUCCACAUAAUAGGUAAGACAAUUGCUGAGACAUUUUUGCUAGUGCGUCAAUGUGAUUUUGCCGUGCUCUUACAUGCUGGUAUGUCUGUGAAAACAGCUAUAUUCUACAAUCUUCUCUCCAGCCUUCUCUGUGCCCUUGGCAUGAUUCUCGGCGUCUUCUUGGGUAGUUUGCCAGAGGUUAACGCUUGGCUAUUUAUGCUCACUGCUGGCAUGUUCGUUUACAUCGCCUUAGUUGACAUGUUCGACCUUGUUUUCGCAACCUGGUCGGAGCGUCAAGAGGACCUUGUUGAACGUACCUAG